AUGUCCAAUCCCCAAACUCUCCACUUCGACACGCUACAGUUGCACGCCGGCCACGAGCCCGACGCGGCCACAAACUCCCGCGCUGUCCCAAUCUACGCGACCAGCUCGUAUGUCUUCAAUGACUCCGCCCAUGGCGCUCGGCUCUUUGGCCUCAAGGAGUUCGGCAAUAUCUACAGCCGGAUCAUGAACCCGACAGUAGAUGUCUUUGAAAAGCGAAUUGCAGCUCUGGAGGGUGGUGUCGCCGCCGUUGCUGCCUCCUCCGGCCAGGCAGCCCAAUUCAUGGCCAUUUCCGCCCUAGCUCAUGCUGGCGACAACAUUGUCUCUACUAGCAACCUGUACGGUGGCACGUAUAACCAAUUCAAGGUUAUGUUCCCGCGCCUUGGUAUCAAUACCAAGUUUGUCCAAGGUGAUAAGCCUGAGGAUAUUGCUGCUGCGAUUGAUGACCGCACGAAGGCUGUCUUCCUUGAGAGUAUUGGAAACCCGCGUUAUAAUGUUCCUGAUCUUGAAGCUAUUGCCAAGGUUGCACACGAAAAGGGUGUUCCCGUUGUGGUGGACAACACCUUCGGCGCAGGCGGCUACUUCAUCCGCCCAAUUGACCACGGCGCCGACAUCGUCGUGCACAGCGCAACGAAGUGGAUCGGCGGUCACGGUACCACCAUCGCCGGCGUGGUAAUCGAUAGCGGUAAGUUCGACUGGGGCAAGAACGGCGCCAGAUUCCCGCAGUUCAUCGAGCCCUCAGAGGGCUACCAUGGGCUGAAAUUCUGGGAGACAUUUGGCUCUGUCGCCUAUGCUAUCCGAGUGCGCGUCGAGAUCCUACGGGAUCUUGGAUCAGCCCUGAACCCGUUCGCAGCGCAGCAACUCAUUCUGGGUCUGGAGACUCUUAGUUUGCGGUGUGAGCGUCAUGCCAGCAAUGCGACUGCCCUGGCUAAAUGGCUUCAAAAGAAUGAGAAUGUUAGCUGGGUUUCGUAUCCUGGGUUGGAAAGUCAUCCCAACCAUGAUCUUGCGAAGAAGUAUCUGAAGCGUGGAUUUGGUGGUGUCUUAUCUGUUGGUAUUAAAGGUGGUGCGGCUGCUGGUGCGCAGGUCGUUGAUAACUUCAAGCUGAUUUCAAACCUUGCCAAUGUUGGUGAUUCCAAGACCCUUGCUAUUCACCCCUGGUCUACGACCCACGAGCAGCUCUCAGAGCAGGAACGUCGUGAUUCCGGUGUUACCGAGGAUGGAAUCCGUAUCUCGGUUGGCACAGAGUACAUUGACGAUAUCAUUGCCGACUUUGAACAGUCAUUCCGCGCUUCGAAGGCUCUGCCGGAUCGAACCGCGUGA